AAAUCAGAACAAAAAUACAAGAGAAAAAAAAUGACAAGUGGAAAAGAGAAAAUCAAAAAAAAAGAAAAGAAAAAGAAGAAAGGACACGCGUAAAGAACAGAGAUAAAAAAAUGGUGAUAAAAUAAAGAAAAAUCAAGUAUAAAGCGCAAAAUUCAUUUUCCCAAAAGACCAAAAAGAACUUAUUUAAUCUUUUUCCAAAAACGUUAUUUUAUAAUAUUUUAAGAGUACACAAAGUAAACUCUUGAAAAAUUAAUAAAAUGAUUAUAGUUAUGUGCCGAGAUAAAGUGUGAUCAACUUUAUUUUCAUACUGCUACCCAACACACAAAAACAAUUUAUUGUUUUUGUAAAGAAAACUCUUGUUUUCCAAUAUUAAUUGUAACAUGUCCGAAAAAAAUGUACACCAAUUGCAGUGGAAACAAAAGAAUCCCCAGGAACAAUCAAUCAAUUACGCUCCUCGAAAUGUCGUCGACACUACUCAUCAACAUGGAAUCAAUCAUCAGUCCACGGCAGCAGAUGCUGCUGCUCCAUCAACCCAAUCAAAUCAUCCAAUAUCAUCACAUUCAUCUAUUGCAUCAAUUGGUUCGGCUUCGUCUUCGAAUGGAGGACGUUUCCCGAUAAUUGUGUCGUCUGGUGGACAGCAUCAUCAACAGAUUGUCAAUUCGCCACCAGUGGUGGCUCUAUCGACACCAACAACACCGACAACUCCAAUUGGACUUCAACAGCACUUUCAUCAAAUGCAACAUCUCCAACAUCAACAGCAGCAACAACAACAACAGCACCUUCACCAGCAGCUCCAACACCAACAACAACAACAGCAGCAACAAGAGCAACAUCAUUAUCAUCACCAACAACAAAGUCAACAUUUUGAGAUAUCUAAAAUUAUGGCUAUAAACUCGGGAGCAUUGUCAAGACUGGAUCUGGUUCCAGCUCUAAGCAAUCAUCCUGUACCGAGUGCUAUUACAGAAAACGUUUUAAGUCUUAUAGGAAUGGCAAGCGGAAGUGGUGGGAAUAAUGCCAAUAAGAAUAGUAAUUCUAUCAAGAUUCCAGAUGAAGAAAAACUGCGAAAAGUUCAAGCUGUUGUGGAAUCUGGAAUAGGGGACCAUGCCAAGCAACAAAUUUUACAAAUUCUCGACAGAAUUUCGACACUCAAACCAGUUGAGCGUUUACUUUUGUACCUUCGAAUGCCUGGAGAAUCACCAGACUCAGAUCCACUAAGGCAGCCACAAAAUCCAUUAGGAACAAGAUCAGAAAUAAAUCACACAAUCAAUUGGGUUCGUUCGCAUUUGGAACAUGACCCUAAGGUUUCCAUUCCCAAGCAAGAUGUCUAUAAUGAUUAUCUAGCAUACUGCGAACGAUUAGAUAUAAAACCACUGUCAACAGCUGAUUUUGGUAAAGUAAUGAAACAAGUGUUUCCUGAAAUUCGUCCAAGACGUUUGGGAACACGUGGACAUUCCCGAUAUUGUUAUGCUGCAAUGCGAAAAACAACAAAACUUAUUCCCCCACAACUACCGAUGCUCGGUAAGGGUGGUGGAGAAGUUCCAGAUUUAGGAAGCAGUGAAAUCGAAACCGACACUACCACAGAUUCAUGGAAUACUGUUCGAACUUGGGCCGAAGGACUUUUCAGUUUAAAAUUUGAAAGCAUGAAAGAUUUGGCUGAACAUAUAAAAAGUAACGAACAUGCAGCAAGUGGUGCAACUAGUAGUUCACGAGUUCUACUGCAAAAGAAACUGCAACAAAGAGAUGUUAAAGAAAAGAGAGUUUAUGCCGAUUCAGGUCCACUAAAAAAGCGACGUAAGAAAAAACGCAAAGGUUCAACAUCAUCUGAAUCAAGUACUACUCAAAAUCCUUCUUCAGUGGGUUCAAUUAACGAUCCAUCAAAAUCAAGUGAUGAAGUUAUCCUUAGCGCACUUGCAAUUAAACAGGAAGUUCCGGAUUCACCGAAUUCUUCGCAACCAAGGCGCCAACAACAAUUGCAUUUCCAGCAUUCCCCUGCCCCAUUUGAUAGUCAGAUGCAUGGGCAACAAUUGCUACCUAUGAAUUUAGUUACUGAGAGCGAGCGUAGCAGAACUUUGGGCGGACAGCUUCCGCCUAACAGCUCAGUGGCAAAGAAUCUUACUAAAACAAUUGUAGAUCUGCCGCCUUCGGUGAGCCUGCUGCCAAUUGAUCCACAACUUUCAUCUGUCAAAGAAGAAAUAAUAAACGAUGAAUAUAAUCCACAGAAUGUGAUAUGCAAAAAGGUACGUAGGGCACACCAGACGAAGGGUAUUUUAGCUACAAGCAAUACCCCAUCGUCAUCGAUUAGUGGAACAUCAAUUGAAGCUCAGGCUGCGGCACAAGCAAUUGAACUACCUCCUACAUCAGGUAGUAAUUAUUCUAUGGGUCCACCAGCACAAAUCACAACAUCGGCAAUGGAAUCAGCAAAGUUUGCAUCUCAAUUACGCGCUAGAAAGCUGCGUCUAUUACAAGCCCACCCCGAGAUGUACCAAUCGUAUGAUCCUCAGCAUCAGCAAUUGCUAGGACAACAGCAACAACAACCAGCACUUGUCGACAACGUUGAAAUUACAGAAGACAAGGAUGGUGUUCUGCCGGAAAACCUUGGAUUACCACGAGAACGUGUAAUUAGUAUUUGCAACAUGGAUAAACAUGAAUUAGACGAUUAUUUACAUACAAACGACGAAGACAACUCCCAGGAUCAAGAAGCUGAAUUGCUUCAAUAUUUUCAGACGGGAGACGCUGAGAACAACAAUAACAACAAACAAGCACCACAGCAGCAGCAACAACAACUACAACAACAGCAGCUGCAACUGCAACAACCACCAAGCAUAGAUGCACAUAACCCAGCGUUGGCAGGAAUAAACAACAGUAAUUCUGCAUUUGAAGCACCGAGCAAAAAGAAAUCAAAUAAUACAAUAACUAGCAAUGCUGGCAAUAGUUUUACGAAAGAUCGUGAAGAUAUCACACAACUUCGUAAUUAUCUUCAUCAGAAUUUUAAUAAGGAUUCAAGUGAAGCAGUUGGAGCUAUUGCCGCCGCAACAGCAGCUAAUCAAAAGGGAAAUUUUCAAGGACAGAAAUUUACCUCAAAUGGAAAUCAUUGUAUUUUGCCGGGCAUCUUCAACGAAGGGUCAGCCUCAGCGUCUCUAGUAAUCAUGUCUCAAAAGCAUCUAAACGAAAUAACAUCACCAUCGAGAGAUACAGCCAUAGCUGCCGCCGCAGCAGCUUCGUUUCCUACAACUGCAAUGGCUGCAUCAACUGCCAUUACAUCGAGAAAUCAUUCAAUGGCUACAUCUUCCGUUUCAACCUCUAACAAUAUGCGUGCAACGCAAAAAAGAAAAAUCAAUCUUAACGCAAUGGUACCUGCUCCAAGUACAACGCAACGGCGAAAGAACUGUACUUUCUUUCCAAUUUCGCCUAACAUUAAUCUAUCAAACAGCAAAACAAAUAGCUCGACAAUAGUAUCAAGCUCUUCUUCUGCGUCAGCAACGACCAAUUCAAAUUUAUUUGCUAGUCCAAGAUUAACCGCUCCUAUGGGUCGAACCAAGCCAGUGUUGCACAAGCAACAUUCAUUGCCUACUCAUGUGGAUAAAAAUGCAAUUUUAUCAUCGGCAAAUGAUCCAAUGAUCGGAUCUAGUCGCAACAAUCGAUCAUAUAGCACAAUGACUUCUGCGUCGGCACCACCAAGUCCCUCAAUACUGCAAGAUACGAAUUUAUUUGGAAAAUCAUGCACCACCAAUAAUGCAUGCAAUUCUGUUAAUAGUGGCUAUAAUUUACUUUUAUCCACUCCAGACUAUCCGCAGAGUUUUGGAAACUCUUGUGUCACAACGCACGAUCAAAACUCGCUCGAGUGCGUCCUAGACGAGCCCCCACCACAUUUGAUGGCUGAAUCGCGAUCGCGUAGUGUUCCACUACAAUAUCGUAACAGCCCCGCCUUCAAUCAGACAACUAACUAUGCUGGGUUUUCAUCAACUUGUAGCUCUGCUGCACAAACUCCAGUGCCUCCACAAUUCGCCGAUUUCAAUGAUCCUUCGUCUAUUUUGGAUAUAUUCAGCGAUGCCAGUCAAACGCAUGGUUCAUCUAUUAAAUUAGAAGAAUCAAAUGGUAGUUUGCUUUGCAGUUCUAUUAAUGACAUUCUUCAGCCAGACUUUGGCAGAAUUCCAAAUAGUUUUGGUGGAAUUGUAUCACGAUCAGUGCCAUCGACACCGGUGCCGCUUAACAAUGUGCUUGAUCCGUUCCUCAGCGGACGGAAACAGAAUCAGCUUCAAGAUGCUUUCCCAAGUGCACAAAGUAAAUAUUCAACAAAAAUGUACGACAUAUCGAAGUCAAUGCCAACGACACCAAUCACAUCGAACACAGCCACACCAUCGUUUCGUUAUAGUCCCGAAUUUAAUAGAGAUUUUCUUAUAAAUGGGAACACAGUAGAAAGUACGACAGCUUAUAGUCGGGCUCCAUCGGUGGCCGCAGUAAAUGGUUUGUCUGAUUCUCUGCUUGACGAUGGUCGUGAAGGUGGAUCUAAUUCACUAACGGAUGGCAUGGACGAUUUGACAAGUUUUGGUGAGGUUUCCGAAUCAAUCAUGGAAGCAGAUAUAUUGAAUAUGAAUAAUCUUUGAGUAAAGGGAUUGGAUUUGUGGAUUAAGUACAUUUCGUAAGUCUGGUUUAAAUAUCAAAUAGUUUGUUUUCCCUCUUUUUCUAUGUUUGCAACUUUUGUUUUUAAUUUUUUCUUAUCUUCCAAAAUGAAUCAAAAGCUUACAAAGCAUAGUUAUUCAUUAUAUAGUAUAUAUUUGUUUUCUAUAAUGUACAUAAUAUUAUAAAUUCUUUUUUUCAAAAAGAAAUUUUAAGGUUGAAGAUAAAUUUUAUCAUGAUCGUAUUGCAAUUCUUUGUUUUAAAAUCUUUUAAAAAGUUUUAAUUUUUGUUAUAAUAGAAUUAACUGUCGUAUUUUAUCAUUAGAUCUGUUGUAAUGUAAAAUUAUUUGGAUUUUUUAUUAACUCAGUCCACAAAUCAAUAUAAAAAAGAUGGGAUAUACUCUUCGAGGUGUUUCUGAAUAUGGAAAACGUAUAAAAUUUGUGUUUUAUUAAUUACCCAGUUAGUUUAAGGGCAUUCCUUAACAUAAAUAUAUUAUUAAUCGGAGUUUUUAAUCUUAUAUAUUUAACAUUCCAUUGAAGCUCCUGAUAUGAUCAAAUUCAAAAACAUCGUUUUUUAUUUCAAUAAAUAAAGAACGAUACAAAACUGGUAUAAAAUCUUAAGACUUAUUGAAGUUAUUAUAUAAAAUAAAAAUAGCCAUCUGACUACAAUGAGAGAGAAUUCAAACAAAAAAAAAAACCUUAAAAACUUGAUAUCUGCCUCUGGGUAAAUAACAUAUCUUAAAAUACAAACGGCGAAAGAAAAGCUAAUUUGAAAAUAACAUGCACUAAACUUCAUUUCGUAAAAAAACCUUGAUAGUUGUUACUUCUAUGAAUUAUUCAUACCACGGGAUAUAAACUUAUGCCCAGGCAAAAAAUUACUACACAUAUCUAGACCAUCCCAGUUACUGUUGUAUGCACCAAAGGGACGAAACCGCCCAUUCUCCUUUGAAAUAUUCAUAGAACAUCUUCUAUUUA